AUGAAGUUUCGUUCUCUCCGAGACCUGGACAACACCGGAGACACUGUCCUCCUGCGCGACACGUCAAACGAUGGCCUUCUCAUCCUCCACCCAACACCCAACUCACACGACCCCGACGAUCCUCUCAGAUGGCCGAAAUGGCAAAAGUACAUCUGCUUCUUCAGCGUGUGCAGCUUCGCCUUCCUGACCAACUACGCCAUUGGAGGCCUCGCACCGGCCUUCUACCCUCUCAGCAUCGAGUUCGACAAGACGAUGACCCAGACCAGCGAACUACUGAUUUGGCCAAUCCUGAUCUCAGGGGUCUUCAACUUCCUCUGGGUACCUCUCGCUCUAUACAUCGGCAAAAGACCCGUCUUUGUCUUCUCAACACUGCUUCUCGCGGUGGCCUACUUGUGGGGAGCGCUGGCCAAAUCGUUCGAGAGUCUCCUCUUGGUCCAACAUCAUCGCCGCCUUCGCGGGAUCCGCAAGCGAAGCUCUUUCAGCAUCGAUCGUGAACGAUGUCUUCUUCCUGCAUGA